AUGAGCGACGCGUCCGUUCUAGCGCCGUUGCCUUUCGUGCUCAGCUACUGCUCGCUGUCGGAGCUGCAGCGCCUAUCCCAGAUAUCUCACGACGUGUCCAGCAUCUGCGAGCUAGAGUGGCGUCUGCGCACCAUCAAACGCUUCGGAGAGUUGCGCUUCGCCACUUGCCAAUGGCGGCGCUGCUUCUUACUGCGCUCACAGUUCCGUCGCAAGGCGGUGGAUGAGGUCACAGCCCGCAUUUACCUUAUGAAUAAUCGGGGGGAAACACGUUUCUUUCCUAUUGAGAGAGGCACACCGCUCAUGUGCUCCAAGGAGAGAGCGGUGGUAUACAACCGCUGUAAGCGAAUGUUCGACCUCUCAUUAAGAAUAAACCGCUCGAUCCAGGAGAUCUCGACUUUAAUCGGCAUGGUGUCUGUAGACGAAGCCAGAGGCCUCUUAAGUGAACACAUCAGUCUCAUGACGUCCGUUGCAGCCCUGCGAGGCUCGCUUAACUUCGAGAGCGAGUUGUUCCAGAUCUUCCCAGCCCCAGUAUUACUCGAUACAAACUCGUUAUUAAGAGUAACCCACAAAUUUCACGACGAAGAAGACGCCGACUUUCUACAGUCAUCUCUGAUGAUGAUGCAAGUCUGGGCUUCAAUUGACGGAGUUAUCUACCGUCCACUAGCGCCUCCAGCUACAAUCCAAGAGACCCCAGAUCGAGUCCAACUAGCUGGAGAAAGUAUAGAGGAGAUGGCUACAUAUUCAUCUUUAAAACUCCACGAGCUGUCCGGGAUGACAAUAAGUAUUGACGACAAUACGCUGAGAUACAGACUGCAACGAGACGAACUGUGCGUCAACGCGUUAGUCAGCAACACGUACUUGUUGUAUCUAUUCAACCCGCUGCAAUAUCGACCAUUGGAUUGGACUUUUGACGCCAUGGUACAAGUUGGUGAUGCGAGAUAUGUACUACCAGUCCAGAGAGAAGGGGUGUUCCUGAAUACCUCGUCGUACGCGUUACGAGUGUUUCUUUCCUAUGAAAGUGAUCCGUUAGAGAUCCCGUAUGACGGACAACGUGAAGUCUUUGGGUUCCACUUGACAGCGACCAACCGGAUCUCGAAGAAAACGUACGUCAUUGCGUCUAAAGCGACGUGUUUGUCGCUAUCACCAUCGACAAACACUGAAGCCAACUCGACGUCAUUGGAACGACAUGUGCAUCUCCCGUUCGAUGCUAUGAUCUGCUAUUGCUUCGCUCCUACUUGUCGUCUGCAAUAUGUAGAAUUCGCUAUUGGAUUCGAACCGUUGAUGCAUCUUCUUGGCGUCACGGAUUUCCUCCCUGAUACUGUCGCUGCCUACUAG